AUGUCGGCAAGAAUUGUUUUACCAGGUGACUUACUUUCUGUUACCACAAAUGAAGAAUUACCAGUCCUUUUAGGGCCUGGUGUUGUAGAAGAUCCCCAAACUCAGAUAAUAACACCAGUCAACGCUGGUAUUGAAGUAGUUACACAAACUAGAAAAGCAACAACUAUUAAUAUUGAUUACGACUCUACAAGAUACAUCCCAGCAGUUGGUGAUUAUGUUAUUGGCAUCAUCACAGGCGCCUUUGGAGAUAGUUAUAAAGUCAGUCUAGCAAGUUUCUCUAAUGGGGUAUCUUUAUCAUACAUGGCAUUUCCAAAUGCUACCAAAAAAAACAGGCCUACUUUGAAAGUUGGUGAUUUAGUUUAUGCAAGAGUUUGCUCUGCUGAAAAAGAAUUAGAAGCUGAAAUAGAAUGUGUUGAUUCAACUACUGGUAAAGAUACAGGGUUUGGCCAUCUCGCUGGUGGUAUGGUCAUUGAUGUCACAUUAAGUUUUGCUCGUAAUCUAUUAUUUAAUAAUGAUUCAUCUAUGCUAAAAAUAUUAGCUAAACAUACUCAAUUCGAAAUUGCCAUUGGUGUAAACGGUAAAAUAUGGGUUAAGGCUCCAGAUAUUAAAAAUACUCUAGCAUGUUAUAAAUCUAUUGAAGAAUGUUCUAAAUCCAAGAAUUCUUCUGAAUUUCCAAGUAUAAUAAAAGCUAUUUUCACUAAACUGACGAACACUAUUGAAUAG